AUGAAGACCAUGAAUGAUAAUCUACUCAAGCAGGAGGAACGGAAGAUGAAAUCGUGGCUCAAUCGGCAAGCACAAGUAUACCCCUCGCCAUCCUAUAAAACACUGUGCAAGGUAUCAUGCAGCUAUCCUGAAUCAAGCCAUGGGACACGGCCAAUCUCUGGGAAAGAAUCCUUCGAUAUCACCUGGAGUCAGUUUGGUGACCACCUGCCCAACUUUGUCAGUUUUCUCCGACUGCCAACCAAAAGAUCAAGUUACGACCGAAAGAACGCCAAGGAUCUCACACCCUUCACUGGAAAUGAUUUGCCCAUGCAAACCUUAUUUACCCGGAACGCCUAUGGUCCGAAGAACAGCAUAAGCAACUCAUUGUCACCUAGUAGAGACUCGAGGAAGGGCAGCAACUCCAGGCAGCCGAGCGUAGAUAACAGCGUAUCCCUCCAAGAAGCGGUGGCACUCUUUCCUUCCUUGCAAAGGCUGUCGAUAAAAGGAGACAGGUCCUCUUUUCCAAAGCUGCCGCUCCAUAACUCGGUCUCAGGGUUUCCCGCACUGCAGAAAAAACUGAAGACCAUGCUUGAAAAGUCUCGGGGAAACGAGAGACUUAAGUCAAUGGAGCCAUUGCCUCAGAUUAGGCCUGAAGAAAUUCUGAGCUGCAGGUACCUACGUCUGUCUCAGAGCAACAUUGAUACUUUACUGGAGCUAUGCAGAGAAUCUGGAAUCUACAUAGACAUACAUCCUCACAUGAAAGAAUCGGACAUUAAUGUCAGCACGGUGCUCUCGUCAAAUCCCAGCCGGACCUUCUAG